CGGAGCUUCGUCAGAGGACCAGGGAGAGCGUGGUGAGGAUUCCCAGCAGCCCCCGGAGAGCGAGAGCCGGACCGGCUGGACCCCCUAAGGAGGACCCGAGAGAGACCCAGGUUGCCACGGGAGAGGCCUCGCUUCAGGGCUGCAGCAUGUUCACCUCCGUGAAGGCCUUCGACGGGCAGCAGUACUCCACCCUGAAGAGGCAGUGCUUGCAGAGCGGCCUCCUCUUCGAAGACCCCCGCUUCCCUGCAAUCGACGACUCUCUCUUCUACCUGGGCAACAGGAUCGGGCGCGUGGUCUGGAAGAGGCCUCGGGAGCUGUGUGAGGACCCUCACCUGUUUGUCGAUGGCAUCAGUGCCCACGACCUCCAUCAGGGACAGCUGGGGAACUGCUGGUUUGUUGCUGCUUGUUCCAGUCUGGCCUCCAGAGAGUCUCUGUGGCAAAAAGUCAUUCCAGACUGGAAAGAGCAGGAGUGGGACACAGAAAAGCCGGACUCCUAUACGGGGAUCUUCCACUUCCGCUUCUGGCGCUUCGGGGAGUGGGUGGACGUGGUGAUUGAUGACCGGCUGCCCACAGUAGACAACCAGCUCGUCUACUGCCACUCCAAUGACAGCAACGAGUUCUGGAGCGCCCUGGUGGAGAAAGCCUACGCUAAGGUGUAUGGAUGCUACGAAGCCUUGGAUGGGGGAAACACGGCUGAUGCGCUGGUGGAUUUUACGGGGGGCGUGUCUGAACCCGUGGACCUAUUGGAGGGUCAGAUGGCUACAGAUGAGGCAGCCCGUAACCAGCUAUUUGAAAGGGUCCUUAAAGUCCACAACAGAGAUGGCCUCAUCAGCUGCUCCAUCAGGGCCACAACAGUGGAAGACAUGGAAGCCCGUCUGGACUGUGGUUUGGUCAAAGGUCACGCAUACGCAGUCACAGAUGUCCGGAAGGUCCGGUUAGGCCACGGACUGCUGGCCUUCUUCAAAUCAGAGAAGCUGCAGAUGAUCCGAAUGAGGAACCCCUGGGGGGAAAAGGAGUGGAGCGGGCCAUGGAGCGACAGUUCAGAGGAGUGGAACAAAGUGAGCAAGAGCGAAAGAGAGAAGCUGGGUGUGACCGUGCAGGAUGACGGCGAGUUCUGGAUGACCUUUGACGACUUCUGCCAGUACUUCACCGACCUGAUCCUCUGUCGCCUCAUCAACACGUCCUACUUGAGCAUCCACAAGACCUGGGAGGAGGAAGUCAUCCGGGGUUUGUGGGUCCACCGCCAAGACCCGCUGCGUAACCGAGCCGGCGGCUGCAUCAACCACAAGAGCACCUUCCUGCAGAACCCUCAGUACGUCUUUGAUGUGAAAAAGCUGGAGGACGAGGUGCUCAUUUGCUUGCAGCAGAAAGAGAGGAGAGCCACGCCCAAAGAGGGCAAAGGAGAAAACCUGGCAAUCGGCUUCGACAUUCACCGGGUGGAGUUGAACCGGAAGUACCGCAUGCACACGGCCCAGCAGAAGGUAGCAGGUUCCAUCUACAUCAACUCGCGUUGCGUCUUCCUCAGGAAGGAGAUGAAGGAGGGCCGCUACGUCAUCAUCCCCACCACCUUUGACCCCGGGCAGCAGGGCGAGUUCCUGCUCCGCGUCUUCACUGAUGUGCCUUCAGACUGCAAAGAGCUGACGCUGGACGAGCCUCCUCAGACCUGCUGGACGGGGAUGUGUGGGUACCCUCAGCUGGUCACUCAGGUCCAUGUGCUGAACGCUGAAGGCCUCCAGGGACAGGACUCCAACGGAGAGCUGCACUGCCUCAAUCCCCAAAAGAAAAGGCUCCUGGGCAAAGCACAAGCUGUGGAUUCCUACGUGGUAAUAACCUGUGAAGGGGAGCGGGUGCGUUCACCCGUGCAGAAGGACACGCGGUGCCCAAACUUUGACUUCAAAGGCCUCUUUUAUCGCAAGAAACCCAAGGAAGGAAUCCACAUCGAGGUCUACAAUAGGAACAUGAUUGUGGACACCUUCCUGGGUCAGGUGAUCUUGUUCAGCGACCCCAACGAGCGGCAGGAGCAGCACACCCUUCACCUCCGCGACAAGGGCAACCGCCAGGACAACAACCUGCCGGGCACGCUCACUGUGCGCCUCAUCACCUCCACCACGCUCACCAACAUCUGACGCCCUUUCCUUCACGCUGGCAAAAGAAGGAAAAAAAAGCAGCCUCCCCCCUGAAGGGCCGUCAUUGAGCUGCUUUACGCCAGAUCACAGCCGGCGAUGCUGCUUUUUGUUUGUUUUCUGUCAUGGGAUGUUUUUCUUGUUACAGCUUAAAGCGGCUGAGUGAUGGUCCUUCAGAGAGGCUCUUUGCCAGAUCUGUGAUCCACGCAUCACCGUUUCUUCUGUCCUCUCAAACUCAGUUCUCAUCGUUUUCCAUCAUCCGAACUGCAAGUCUGAACCCAUCUUGGCACAAAUCCACCGUCAUCCACUGACAUCGUCCUGAGAAUUUUUGGGCCAUCGCAGGAUGAGAUCCUGUCCGAAGCCAGAACCGGUUUGUGGUUCCGAUCCGCUUCCACAAUUCCCACAAUGCAUUUCUGCAUUCGUUUGAGUUUAGACACAAACAAGACGUCUCUGCAAUUUCCUUGCAUGUGCCAAUGUCUCCAAGGGCUAUGUGUUGCCUUAAGGCUGAGUCCACCCCCACACCCCCAAAUACCGAGGAUGUGUGUGUGUGGGGGGGGUCAUGUUAAACACUAGCAGCUCUUCUCAGUGUUAGCACAGCCUCCAUUUUUGUUGGUUCGAGCCUUCAUUCCAGUCUCGUUUUGGUGUCGGAUGUAUUUUGUUGUUUGUGGACAGUCGUCCUGCCCGGCCGCCGUCCCCUCCACCCCCCAGAACAUGGCGUCUCCAGUACGCUGGUGCUUUGGGAAGCAUGCAGCACUGUCCACGACCUUUUAACUCUGGACUUUACAAAGCUGACCGCAGACAUGCCGCUCUGCCGCGUGCUCGCCUCCUGUCUUCCAUCGGCUGUUUGAAACUCAGACGCUUGGCGCCGGUUGCUAUGGACGAUCUCAGAACUGCACGGCUUUUGAGGGGAAUGAAAAACAAAACUCUGUGCCGCACGUCUAUGUCGUAGCUCAGCAGCCGGAUUUUCAGACGCUGCUCCCCUCCUGUUGUCAAAGGUUCACCCUGACAUCAAUCAAGUGCUUUACGGGGCCAAAGAUGAGACGGGCCCUCUGCUUCUUCUGGGUCUUCUUCUUCUUUGGGCCGCCCCGGCCUGGCUGACCCCACGCCAAGCUAGGAACCACCACCCCCUGUGCCACAUCAUCUCUUAACGGCAACACCACUGCCUGCCCUUCCUCUGACCAGAGUCGUCUUCGUCCUGCUGGGGGCAGAGUGUGCGUCCUGCUAGCUGCAAACCCAAGAGUUCGGAUGAAUCCGACAACCCUCGACUUAUCGGGGACAAAAAGGGAAGAAGGAGUUGCACUUGACGCUCCUCUGAGGCAUAAAAAAAAAGGCGUUUUUGAAGUGAAAGAGCAGUGGCGCAAACGUUCUGCCAAACACCCCGCACCAUUGCCUUGCUCUGAGCUUUGCCUCGGCUGCAGGAGAACGGCGCCGACGGAACUCCGAUCAUCCGGAGCCGCGUCUCCUGCAGAUCAUGCGGUAGCCGAAGCUGACUGGAUCCCAAACAGAAAAACAUUCUGUUACCCAAAAGUGCAAUCCGCCUUACAAAAACUCACGAUUCUUCUUGCGUUUCAUCCUUAGAAUUAAACAAAAAAGGAAGUUCUCAUCAAGAAAUUUCUUUUGAAUGUAAGACAGUGAAGUAGUCGGCUUAUCGAGUCUAUUUUCCUGAUUGAUUUAUUUUUCCAGCGCCUUUCCAUUACUUGAACUGUCGGCUGCGACAUUCAGAUUUCGAACACCACGCGCAUUUGUGUACAGGAUCUUUAUAAGCGAGUCUUGCAUGGGUUCUUUUUCAGUGUGUUCAUGGCCUUGUAUUGUACUAUUCAAUUGUUACUCUAAAUGUCUAUAUUCCUUGGA